GUAAGAUAUAAAGAUGCUGUGGUUGAUCAAGGCAAUGAGUUGACUCCUACUCAAGUUAAAGAUCCUCCUACUCAUAUCAAUUAUCCUGUAGUGGCAAAUUCAUUGUAUACCUUAUGUAUGACAGAUCCUGAUGCUCCAAGUCGUGCGACUCCUAAGUAUAGGGAAUGGCAUCAUUGGUUGGUUGUAAACAUUCCUGGUACAGAAGUUGAGCGUGGAGAUGUACUUUCAGAGUAUGUUGGCUCUGGACCUCCUAGUGGAACUGGUUUGCAUCGAUAUGUAUAUUUGAUUUAUAAGCAACCAGGUAAGUUAAAUUGUGAUGAAAGACGUUUGACUAAUAGAAGUGGUGACCAUCGUGGUUGUUUCAAGAUCAAGAAUUUUGCUAAGAAAUACAACUUAGGUGACCCAGUUGCUGGAAAUUUUUACCAAGCUCAAUGGGAUGAUUAUGUUCCUAAAUUAUAUGAGCAGCUUGCUGGUUAAAAAGAAUUAUGAACUAUGAGUGAAGAAAAGAGCCUUAUAUUGUUAUACCCUGUGUUGUAUUCAAUUAUAUUAACUGGUGCAUUUCUUGUAUCAAUGAAUACCUGGCUGUGAAUUAUGUGUCCAAUAAAUUUCUUACAAUAUGCUAA